AUCUUGACCAUCAUCAGCAGCAGUCAUGAUCUCUCGUGGUUUUCUGCUGUUUCUGCUGGUUCUCAGCUGCCUUCAGUCUUUCACAACAGCCCAGAAUGGAAAUGGACCAGACUCAUGCUGUUUCAGAUACCAGCGAACUCGAAUCCCUAUCAGACUCAUUACAGGGUAUAAAGUAACGGACCCUCAGUGUACAAAACCUGCAGUCAUCUUUACCCUGAAGAAGGACAACCAUCAGGUGUGUGUAGAUCCUGAACUUGACUGGGUGCAGAAACGCAUGGAAACAAUUGACCAGAACCUGUAUAAAAAACUGAUGCAAUCUCAAAUGAGUGUUUAAAUCCAUUUCAUAUUUAUACAGAAUUCACUCUUUCUGUAGUUCAGCAGGAAGAAUCUUUUUUACAUUAUAUAUUAAAUCAUAAAUUGAGCCCAGGAUGAUUUAUCUGAUUUAUUCUUCGACUCUGCAGACACACAAAUAUAUAUAAA